AUGGGCGACCAAAUCGAGUUGGUUCGAAACGGCGGUAAGAAUCGCGAAGAGAUCGCGACGGCCGCCGACUUUCGGAUGCAGUUCAGCCGGCAGACAACUAUUAAUCAUGAAAUUACCCUCGGCACCGAUCAGGAUCCGUACAACAAGCAAGAACUCGUGAAUACCAUAAAAGGACGCGAGCUGUGUCUUUUUGUGAUUUUCUACAUUUUCGCCGUGUUCUGCAUCGUGAUGAUGUUCGAGUUCUUCAUGCCGGUUCUGUUCAAUCCAAAAUAUCCGGAUGAGCCAUAA